AGUGAAAAGAUGAAAGAGGGACUUCUGCGCAACCCACUUUCAGCACCUCUCUCUUUCUUUUGUAUUUUUCCCUCCCACAUACAUUUUAAGGAGCUUAGAGUUCGUGCUGCUUUCGAUGUCUUCCUCUUCGCGGACUGUGGCGCACGCGGCCGGAGAAAACAAGCACACCGCCAUGCCCACCGCAACGUUAGCCCACGAGUUGGAGAAGCUGUGCAAGCCCUACGUCGAUGCUUUUUUCAUUGACAUCGCUCACCGUCAAGGCGUCGUGCCGCAAGCGUCGCUGCAGCAACGGGACACCGCCAAUAGUAGCGGAGCCAGCGCUCUCCAUGGCUUUCCUGCAAAGAAGGGUUUACACGGCACAUCGACAACGCCGACGUUUUCAACCCCCGAGGCCCUGCUCCAGGAAUGUAGUCAGCUCAUGGAGGAGGCGGCCUACCCAGAGCACGUGCGCUCCGCGGUGGCGCUAGAGGUCGAAAACGCCUACCUGCGGGCGCUUCUCUCGCGUGUCCUGCAGCAGCAGCAGCCUUCCGUUGACGCAGUUGUGCAAGAAGCUGCGACGUCGGCGGAGCCCUCUCUCCGUCCAUCGGCGCAGCUGAGCCCGCAGAGGCGCACGCACGUUGACGAGUCGGAGGCUCGCCGCAGCCCCUCCGCCGCCUACCCAGGGCCAGCAGCGCACGCGGGCGGCUCGGCGGACGCCGUCCACCACGCCGUCACCGGCCACACGACCACUGCGGUGGACCUUCGUGAGGCGUCCCCCGCCACCGCCCUUCAAGUCGGCGAGCUCCAAGAGCAAAUCGAGUUGCUCCGUGAGGCGGUGCGGGGGCUGAGCCAGCAGGCCUCGAUGGCCCGCGCGAACUCCGCCACCCCGCUGCCGGCCGACGCCCGUGCCCCGCUGCCCCCUUUCCGAGCCGUCUCGCCCUCCCCGCGGUGCGCGACGCCGACGUGCACGACGGAUGUGCCGACGCUGCAGCGCAUCAUCCUGCAUCAGCAGCAGACGAUCAGCACGUUGCGGCUGGAGAUGGAGGAGGUGGAGGCGGCAAAGGUGCGGAUGGAGCAGCUGCUGAACCUGCACGCGGCGGCGGCGACGGCAGAUGCAGCGGAAGUAAACGCCGACGCGACCACAUCUCGAGAAGAGGAGGACGACACCCCGUGCUUCGCGGCCACCACGAACUGGCGCUCCACCUGCCAGACAGAAGACCGCCCGUCGGAGCUGACGGCGACGCAGGUGCAGCCUUACGGCGUCAUCACACGUGCGUCCGCCACGGAUGCAUCGCACGACAACGCCGACCACAACGGCAGCACACACACGGCGGCAGACGAGCUGUACAGAAUGGAUUUCGACGCCGCGGCGGAGGCGGCCAGCGAGAAGCGCCGGGCAGCAACGUAUGGCGGGGUGCAGCCUCUGCCGUGGCUUGGCCCCGCCCUCUCGACGGACGAACCCAUCUUCCUGACCGGUGUGGAGGGGGAGGUGGAGGACGAGGAGGCGGAGAUGUGCGAUGAUGCGCCGUCCAGCGGCAUGCGCACUCCUCUCCCGCGCGGCACUGUUGUGCUGCGGCCGCUGCACCAGCGCUUCUCCUCUGCGACCGGGGACAGUACCUCGCUCACGGGCGGCCUGACGGCGGAGAGUCCCGUGAUGCGUCCGACCAAAGUGAGCUACGGCACCCUGUCCAACCGGCACACGUCUGUGAUGGGCUCCUUCAACGCUACUUGA